AUGGUGGAUUUCCUGGCGGAGAACAACCUGUGUGGCCAGGCCGUGCUGAGGAUCGUGUCCCGGGGGAACGCUAUCAUAGCCGAGCUCCUCCGCCUCUCGGAGUUCAUCCCUGCCGUCUUCAGGCUCAAAGACAAGAGCGACCAGCAGAAAUAUGGAGACAUCAUCUGCGACUUCAGCUACUUCAAGGUGAGAUGCGAUUGUCUCGUUAAAUGAGUGUGUGAAAUGAGAUGACAGCGAAAGGACAUCGUUUGUGAUGCACCUCCUAGAUAAUGGGGACACACCGCCAGUGUCAUGGUUAGGUCUUUCAAGUUAUUUGAUGCCCAUCCGUCGUUUAUGAACUAGAUUCUUUAGAAUGUGUUAUGGCAUGAUGACGAAGUACAGGGAUAUAUAAUGUAUGUCCAAUGUUACGUCCAUAAUUAACUUUUUCGCCCCCUGCCUUCCAGGGUCCAGAGUACUAUGACAGUAAGGUAGAAGCCAAACCAGAGCUUCAGGAUCUGGAUGAAGAGUUCCGGGAGAACAACAUAGAGAUACUCUCACGAUUCUACCUGGCUUUUGAAAGUGUCCACAAGUACACCGUUGAUCUAAUCAGGUAAUAUAGAAUUUCUCCUUACCAUAUCAACCAUGUGUCUGUUUGGAUUACACAUUUGGUCUGUUCGCUCAUUGAGCUGAAGCCUUACUGUGUGGUGGUGGGUCAAGUAGUCUGUCUGUCUCACCAUAACAUUUCCCCACCGUGCUUCUCUCAAGGUACCUGGACGACCUGUAUGAAGGUGUGUACAUCCAGCAGACCCUGGAGACUGUCCUGCUGAAUGAGGAUGGGAAAACAGCUCCUGGUAAAUCUCUUGUAAUCACUUAUAUUUUGUAGAGGGCCCGGCGUGUGUUCCCUGAAAGCUUUCUAGCACUAAGACCGACUUUAAUACGUUUAUGAAAAUCAUCCCCUGUAUGUUUGACAAUGUCCAGAAGGCCAUGAUGUGUUGUUUGUCCUUGUAACCAGUGCGAAGCCCUGUAUCUCUAUGGGGUCAUGCUGUUGGUUAUCGACCAGAAGAUGGAGGGAGAGGUCAGAGAGAGGAUGCUGGUGUCCUACUAUAGAUACAGGUGACACUUUGCUGCUCUUUUUGGGGGGGUUGCUUCUGCAUCCUUUAUACAUUUGAUCCCUUUUUAAGAAUCAAUCUUCUCUGUUAUUUUGUCAGGGACCAUUUUAAUUCUAUCAAUAAUAUUAUCAGUGAUACUGUAACACUAAAGAUGGUAAGAUGGACGCCAACAGACAUGGCAGCUCUGCUUCUAGCUCCUAAGCAACUUUUGCACAAGCAUUUCGCCACACACACACAAUAACGUCUGCUAAAUAUGUGCAUGUGACCAAUAACAUUUGAUUUGAUUUGAAAACAUUUCACAGGCUGAAAUCUGACGCAUAGUACCAGAUGGAGCUAAAAAGAAAAAGCAACAAUUGAAUGAAGGAAAACAAAACAUUUGAGUUCAAAUGGACAUCUUACUUAACUUAUACAGGUCCUGUUUGUCUCUCCAGUGCCGCCCGCUCCUCAGCGGACUCUAACCUGGAUGACAUCUGUAAGCUGCUGCGUAGUACAGGGUACUCUAGCCAGUCAGGGGCCAAACGGCCAGCUAACUACCCCGAGAGCUACUUCCAGAGAGUGCCUAUCAGCGCCACCUUCAUCAGCAUGGUGAUCGGCAGGCUGCGCUCUGAUGACAUCUAUAACCAGGUAAGGUGGUACAAUCAUGUAUGGGGCUCCCGAGUGGCGCAGCGGUCUGAGGCACUGCAUCUCAGUGCUCGAGGCGUCACUACAGACCCCCUGGUUCGAUUCCAGGCUGUAUCACAACCGGCCGUGAUUGGGAGUCCCAUAGGGCGGCGCAGCGUCGUCCGGGUUUGGCCGGUGUAGGCCGUCAUUGUAAAUAAGAAUUGGUUCUUAACUGACUUGCCUAGUUAAAUAAAGGUUAAAUAAAAAAGGCUCAAAGGGAUACUUUGCUGGAUUUUAACCAUUCGUUUUCUUACCUCAAAAGGAGGUACUAACCCACUCUUAGUACAUUUCUGUACAUCCUUAUAUGCCAUGUUUUCAUAUUUGGUAACGUCAACACUCCAUUGGCUCCAUUUAGGUGGUAGUAUCCUAGAACUGAAUGAAAUUGCUUGCAAAACGAGUUAUGCAACAAUAUUCAAUAUUCCUGUAGGGUUAUUCAGUCUAUUUGUAUGUUAUGAUCAUGUAAUCGUCUGAUUCUUAGAUCCAUGUUUCCUCCUUACUAAAGCUGUCCUCUGUGUUCCCCAGGUGUCCUCCUGUCUCUAAAGCGGUCCUCUGUGUUCCCCAGGUGUCCUCCUGUCUCUAAAGCGGUCCUAUGUGUUCCCCAGGUUCCCCUUUCCUUUUAAACGGGCCUAUUGUUCCCCCGGUGUCCCCCUGUCCUAAAGCGGUCCUCUGUGUUUCCCCCGGGUCCUCCUGUCUCUAAAGCGGGGCCUAUUGUUCCCCCCCUUUUCCCCCUGCUCUUUAAAACGGUCCCAUGUGUUUCCCCCGGUGUCCUCCUGUCCCCUAAAGCGGGGGCCCAUGUGUUCCCCAGGUGUCCUUCCCGUCUUAAAACUGCCUAUUUUGUUCCCCAGGUGUCCUCCCCCUCUCUAAGCAAAUCCUAUGUGUUUCCCCCCGGGGUCCUCCUGUCUCUAAUUUUAAUAAUUUUUAUAAAUUUUAAUUUUAAAUUUAAAAUUUUAAUUUUAAAGCCAUUUAGCCGACGUUUUAUCCCCAAAUGACUUCAGUCAUGCGUGCAUACAUUUUUUUUGGGGAUGGGUGGUCCCCGGGGGUCGAAACCCCAAAAUACCUUGGCGUUUCAAAGCGCCGUGCUUACCAGCCUGAGUACAAAAGGACCUCUAAAGCGGUCCUAUGUGUUCCCCAGGUGUCCUCCUGUCUCUAAAGCGGUCCUCUGUGUUCCCCAGGUGUCCUCCUGUCUCUAAAGCUGUCCUAUGUGUUCCCCAGGUGUCCUCCUGUCUCUAAAGCGGUCCUAUGUGUUCCCCAGGUGUCCUCCUGUCUCUAAAGCGGUCCUAUGUGUUCCCCAGGUGUCCUCCUGUCUCUAAGCGUCCUCUGUGUUCCCAGGGUCCUCCUGUCUCUAAAGCUGUCCUAUGUGUUCCCCAGGUCCCCUGUCUCUAAAGCGGGUCUAUGUGUUCCCAGGUGUCCUCCUGUCUCUAAAGCGGUCCUAUGUGUUCCCCAGGUGUCCUCCUGUCUCUAAAGCGGUCCUAUGUGUUCCCCAGGUGUCCUCCUGUCUCUAAAGCGGUCCUAUGUGUUCCCCAGGUGUCCUCCUGUCUCUAAAGCGGUCCUAUGUGUUCCCCAGGUGUCCUCCUGUCUCUAAAGCGGGCCUAUGUGUUUCCCACAGGGUCCUCCUGUCUCUAAAGCUGUCCUAUUGUUCCCCAGGUGUCCUCCUGUCUCUAAAGCGGUCCUAUGUGUUCCCCAGGUGUCCUCCUGUCUCUAAUUAUAUAUAAUUAUUAUAAUUUAAUUAUAUUAAAUUAUAAUUAUAUGCCAUUUAGCAGACGCUUUUAUCCAAAGCGACUUUACCAGUCAUGCGUGGCAUACAUUUUGUGUUAUGGGUGGUCCCGGGUGAAUCGAAACCCACUACCUUGCGGUUACAGCGGCCGUGCUCUACCAGCUGGAGCUACAGAGGACCUCUAAAGCGGUCCUAUGUGUUUCCCCAGGGGUCCCCUCCGUUCUCCUAAAGCGGUUCCUCUGUGUUCCCCAGGUGUCCUCCUGUCUCUAAAGCUGUCCUAUGUGUUCCCCAGGUGUCCUCCUGUCUCUAAAGCGGUCCUAUGUGUUCCCCAGGUGUCCUCCUGUCUCUAAAGCGGUCCUCUGUGUUCCCCAGGUGUCUGCGUACCCCCUGCCUGAGCACCGCAGCACGGCGUUAGCUAACCAGGCUGCCAUGCUGUAUGUCUGUCUCUACUUCACCCCAUCCAUACUGCACACUCAGCAGGCCAAGAUGAGGGAGAUAGUGGACAAGUACUUCCCUGAUAACUGGGUGAGAGACAUCUAAGCUGCACUUCCCUGAAUACUUGGGAAACAUUAGUGUACUUGUUUCUCUUGAGCCAUAUUUACAUUUUACAUUUUAGUCAUUUAGCAGACGCUCUUAUCCAGAGCGACUUACAGUUAGUUAGUGCAUACAUUUCCAUAUCUUGAUGCAGUAUAUUUCACCAGGCCUCCAGCCAUUACGCUGGUUUAAAGUGGAGUUUAUUUACAAGUUCUCCUGCUGCAGGUCAUCAGUGUAUAUAUGGGGAUCACCGUGAAUCUGGUGGAGGCCUGGGAACCAUAUAAAGCUGCCAAGAUCGCCCUCAACUACACCCUGGACUCAGCCAACAUCAGAGAGCAGGUAUGGAGGCUAACAGGCUUACCUACAGAACGGCUACUAACAUGGAAUGGUUUUCAGUUGUUAACCCAUAAGGCCUUGUUGUAGACGUGAGUGUCCCGUCAUAUCCUACCGCAGUCGUCCCGUCAUAUCCUACCGCAGUCGUCCCGUCAUAUCCUACCGCAGUCGUCCCGUCAUAUCCUGCCGCAGUCGUCCCGUCAUAUCCUACCGCAGUCGUCCGUCAUAUCCUACCGCAGUCGUCCCGUCAUAUCCUACCGCAGUCGUCCCGUCAUAUCCUACCGCAGUCGUCCCGUCAUAUCCUACCGCAGUCGUCCCGUCAUAUCCUACCGCAGUCGUCCCGUCAUAUCCUACCGCAGUCGUCCCGUCAUAUCCUACCGCAGUCGUCCCGUCAUAUCCUACCGCAGUCGUCCCGUCAUAUCCUGCCGCAGCGUCCCCGUCAAUCCUGCGCAGUCGUCCCGUCAUAUCCUGCCGCAGUCGUCCCGUCAUAUCCUGCCGCAGUCGUCCCGUCAUAUCCUGCCGCAGUCGUCCCGUCAUAUCCUGCCGCAGUCGUCCCGUCAUAUCCUGCCGCAGUCGUCCCGUCAUAUCCUGUCCCGGCAGUCGUCCCGUCAUAUCCUACCGCAGUCGUCCCGUCAUAUCCUACCGCAGUCGUCCCGUCAUAUCCUACCGCAGUCGUCCCGUCAUAUCCUACCGCAGUCGUCCCGUCAUAUCCUACCGCAGUCGUCCCGUCAUAUCCUACCGCAGUCGUCCCGUCAUUACAUUUUUACAUUUUAGUCAUUUAGCAGACGCUCUUAACCAGAGCGACUUACAGGAGCAAUUAGGGUUAAGUGCCUUGCUCAAGGGCACAUUAACGUCAUUUAGCAGACGCUCUUAGCCAGAGCGACUCACAAAUUGGUGCGUUCACCCUAUAGCCAGUGGGAUAACCACUUUACAAUUUGGGGGGGGGGGGGGGUUAGAAGGAAUACUUUAUCCUAUCCCAGGUAUUCCUUAAAGAGGUGGGGUUUCAAAUGUCUCCGGAAGGUGGUGAGUGACUCCGCUGUCCUGGCGUCGUGAGGGAGCUUGUUCCACCAUUGGGGUGCCAGAGCAGCGAACAGUUUUGACUGGGCUGAGCGGGAGCUAUGCUUCCGCAGAGGAAGGGGAGCCAGCAGGCCAGAGGUGGAUGAACGCAAUGUCCUCGUUUGGGUGUAGGGACUGAUCAGAGCCUGAAGGUACAGAGGUGCCGUUCCCCUCACUGCUCCAUAGGCAAGCACCAUGGUCUUGUAGCGGAUGCGAGCUUCAACUGGAAGCCAGUGGAGUGUGCGGAGGAGGGGGGUGACGUGAGAGAACUUGGGAAGGUUGAACACCAGACGGGCUGCGGCAUUCUGGAUGAGUUGUAGGGGUUUAAUGGCACAGGCAGGGAGCCCAGCCAACAGCGAGUUGCAGUAGUCCAGACGGGAGAUGACAAGUGCCUGGACCAGGACCUGCGCCGCUUCCUGUGUAAGGCAGGGUCGCACUCUCCGAAUGUUGUAGAGCAUGAACCUGCAGGAGCGGGUCACCGCCUUGAUGUUGGCGGAGAACGACAGGGUGUUGUCCAGGGUCACGCCUAGGCUCUUCGCACUCUGGGAGGAGGACACAGCGGAGUUGUCAACCGUGAUGGCGAGAUCAUGGAACGGGCAGUCCUUCCCCGGGAGGAAGAGCAGCUCCGUCUUGCCAGGGUUCAGCUUGAGGUGGUGAUCCGUCAUCCAUACUGAUAUGUCUGCCAGACAUGCAGAGAUGCGAUUCGCCACCUGGUUAUCAGAAGGGGGAAAGGAGAAGAUUAGUUGUGUAUCGUCAGCGUAGCAAUGAUAGGAGAGACCAUGUGAGGAUAUGACAGAGCCAAGUGACUUGGUGUAUAGGGAGAAAAGGAGAGGGCCCAGAACCGAUCCCUGGGGGACACCAGUGGUGAGAGCACGUGGUGCGGAGACAGCUUCCCGCCACGCCACUUGGUAGGAGCGACCGGUCAGGUAGGACGCAAUCCAGGAGUGAGCCGCGCCGGAGAUGCCCAUCUCGGAGAGGGUGGAGAGGAGGAUCUGAUGGUUCACAGUAUCAAAGGCAGCAGACAGGUCUAGAAGGACAAGAGCAGAGGAGAGAGAGUUAGCUUUAGCAGUGCGGAGAGUCUCCGUGACACAGAGAAGAGCAGUCUCAGUUGAAUGACCAGUCCUGAAACCUGAUUGGUUUGGAUCAAGAAGGUCAUUCUGAGAGAGAUAGCAAGAGAGUUGGCUAAAGACGGCACGCUCAAUAGUUUUGGAAAGAAAAGAAAGAAGGGAUACUGGUCUGUAGUUGUUGACAUCAGUGGGGUCGAGUGUUGGUUUUUUGAGAAGGGGAGCAACUCUCGCUCUCUUGAAGACGGAAGGGACAUGGCCAGCGGUCAAGGAUGAGUUGAUCAGCGAGGUGAGGUAGGGGAGAAGGUCACCGGAGAUGGUCUGGAGAAGGGAGGAGGGGAUGGGGUCAAGCGGGCAGGUUGUUGGGCGGCCUGCAGUCACAAGUCGCAGGAUUUUAUCUGGGGAGAGAGGGGAGAAAGAAGUCAAAGCAUAGGGUAGGGCAGUGUGAGCAGGACCAGCAGUGUCAUUAGACUUAACAAACGAGGAUCGGAUGUCGUCAACCUUCUUUUCAAAGUGGUUGACGAAGUCAUCCACAGAGAGAGAGGAGGGGGGGAGGAUUCAGGAGGGAGGAAAAUGUGGCAAAGAGCUUCCUAGGGUUAGAGGCAGAUGCUUGGAAUUUAGAGUGGUAGAAGGUGGCCUUAGCAGCAGAAACAGAUGAAGAAAAUGUAGAGAGGAGGGAGUGAAAAGAUGCCAGGUCGGUAGGGAGUUUAGUUUUCUUCCAUUUCCGCUCCGCUGCCCGGAGCUUUGUUCUGUGAGCUCGCAGUGAGUCAUCAAGCCACGGAGCUGGAGGGGAGGACCGAGCCGGCCGGGAGGAUAGGGGACACAGAGAGUCAAAGGAUGCAGAAAGGGAGGAGAGGAGGGUUGAGGAGGCAGAAUCAGGAGAUUGGAGGGAGAAGGAUUGAGCAGAGGGAAGAGAUGAUAGGAUGGAAGAGGAGAGAGUAGUGGGAGAGAGAGAGCGAAGGUUGCGGCGGCGCAUUACCAUCUGUGUAGGGGCAGAGUGAGUAGUGUGGGAGGAGAGCGAGAGAGAAAAGGAAACAAAGUAGUGGUCGGAGACUUGGAGGGGAGUUGCAGUGAGAUUAGUAGAGGAGCAGCAUCUAGUGAAGAUGAGGUCAAGCGUAUUGCCUGCCUUGUGAGUAGGGGGGGACGGUGAGAGGGUGAGGUCAAAAGAGGAGAGGAGUGGAAAGAAGGAGGCAGAGAGAAAUGAGUCAAACGUGGACAUAGGGAGGUUGAAAUCCCCCAAAACUGUGAGGGGUGAGCCAUCCUCAGGAAAGGAACUUAUCAAGGCGUCAAGCUCGUUGAUGAACUCUCCAAGGGAACCUGGAGGGCGAUAGAUGACAAGGAUAUUAAGCUUAAAUGGGCUAGUGACUGUGACAGCAUGGAAUUCAAAUGAGGAGAUAGACAGAUGGGUUAGGGGAAAAAUUGAGAAUGUCCACUUGGGAGAGAUGAGGAUUCCUGUACCACCACCCCUCUGACCAGAUGCUCUCGGGGUAUGCGAGAACACAUGGUCAGACGAGGAGAGAGCAGUAGGAGUAGCCGUGUUUUCAGUGGUGAUCCAUGUUUCCGUCAGCGCCAGGAAGUCGAGGGACUGGAGGUUGGCAUAGGCUGGGAUGAAGUCAGCUUUGUUGGCAGCAGAACGGCAGUUCCAGAGGCUGCCUGCGACCUGGAACUCCAGGUGAGGGGUGCGUGCAGGGACCACCAGGUUAGGGAGGCAGCAGCCGCGCGGUGUGGUGCGUUGUUUGUGUAGCCUGUGCAGAGAGGAGAGAACAGGGAUAGGCAGAGGCAUAGUUGACAGGCUGUAGCAAAUGGCUACAAAAAUGCAGAGGAGAUCGGAAUGAAAUGAGCUAAGCAUCUGGGAGCGGAGAGAGCAGGGCCUCCCUCACCAAAAACUUCUACCUCAGAAACUAAAAUUGUUUCACUGAACCACCCGAACAAAAACUCUCCCAACUUCCACCUUUAGAAAUCAGAAUUGUUGUGAACCACAGUUGUUCAAUGUUUAAAGGAAUAGACUCAACCCACUUUAUUCAGCUAGCCAACUAUGACACCAUAGCUGACUAGCAUGCUAGCAUCCAAUAACACACAGUUUAACACACAGUUAAGCACCAAUACUCACAACAAACCACCAAUAGUGUGUUAACUAGCUAACUAGCAUGCUAGCAUCCAGUAACACACAGUUUAGCACAAACACUUGGUCACAGCAAACCACCAAUAGUGUGUUAACACACUAAACAGAUCAUUCGUGUCUGUGUCAAGUUCCUUUCAUGACGCAGCAAUGAUUCAACGUUGGCUAGCUAGGACAAGUAUAUUGUAAUUAGCUACUACCGUACCGUUCGCUGGUCGUGUUGGGUAGCUAGCAAUGGCCACUGUGUUGGCUUUGUUUGAAGAACGGCUAGCUAGCUAGCUUCGUGCUACACCCGGCACACAAUGGCUACUGUGUUGACUCUGACUCUGUUCGAAAAAAACGGCUAAUUAGCUCGCUUCGUGCUACAGCCGGCACGGCGGAAGACACUGCCAAGACACAGUAGCUACCCACGAUACCUAGCUAUGACGCCGUAGCUAACUAGCAAGCUAGCAUCCAUUAACACACAAUUUAGCACCAAUACUUGGUUACAACAAACUGCCAAGAGUGUGUUAGCACACUAAACAGAUAAUUCAUGUCCGUGUCUAGUUCCUUACAUAACGCAGAACGCAGCAAAAAUUAAACGUUGGCUAGCAGCACAUUUAACAGUGGGAACAGCUAAUCGUUACCAGUAGCUACCCGCUAGCUAGCUAGCCUCGUGCUUCGAUACUAACCUACAAUUACCUACGGAAACCUACAAUAACAACAAAACUAGCCUAUGAUAAAUACAAUGCCUAACUACAACUAACUACCAACCUACGAUCUAAUACAUGGUUAAGCUUUACUCAACACCAUAUGGGAAGCUCUCCACCGUUGCUAAUCGUUGCUAAUCGUUACCAGUAGCUACCCGCUAGCUAGCUAGCCUCGUGCUUCAAUACUAGCCUACAAUAACCUACGGAAACCUACAAUAACAACAAUACUAACCUAUAAUAAAUACAAUACCUAACUACAACUAACUACCAACCUACGAUCUAAUACAUGGUUAAGCUAUACUCAACACCAAAUGAGAAGUUUGCUUACCUCCAGCUAGAGAGCUAGAGAAAAACACGACCUCUCCCGACCUCUCCCGGUAGAGCAAAAAAAUAAAUAAAAUAAAAAUAAAUAAAAAAUAAAUAAAAAAACGCAGUCGUCCCGUCAUAUCCUACCGCAGUCGUCCCGUCAUAUCCUACCGCAGUCGUCCCGUCAUAUCCUGCAGCAGUCGUCCCGUCAUAUCCUGCCGCAGUCGUCCCGUCAUAUCCUACCGCAGUCGUCCCGUCAUAUCCUACCGCAGUCGUCCCGUCAUAUCCUACCGCAGUCGUCCCGUCAUAUCCUACCGCAGUCGUCCCGUCAUAUCCUACCGCAGUCGUCCCGUCAUAUCCUACCGCAGUCGUCCCGUCAUAUCCUACCGCAGUCGUCCCGAAAAUGUGGAAGGUUAAAGGACUGCUUAUGUUAUAACACCCUAUAACUAACCAGACGUUAACCCUCCUCUCCUUUAGGCCAGUCGUUAUUCAGUCAGUAUGGAUGGCCUGAGGCCCUAGGUCUAGUAUGUUAUAACACCCUAUAACUAACCAGACGUUAACCCUCCUCUUCUCUCCACUAGGCCAGUCGUUAUUCAGUCAGUAUGGAUGGCCUGAGGCCCCAGAUCCAGCAGCUGCUUAAGGAAGGGUUCCUGAGGGAGGAGAUAGUCCUGGAUAACAUCCCCAAGCUGCUCAACUGUUUACGGGACUGUAACGUGGCUAUACGCUGGCUGAUGCUACACACUGCAGACUCU